AUGGCUUCUCCCCACUCCAGCAACUCAAACCCGUUCGCCGGACCUGAGCCCGACGCCACCGCCGUUCGCGAUCUCGACAUCCACACCCGCGUCCCCAUCAAGCUCGACCAAUCCAACUUCUCGUACUACGCCUGGAAGACCUACUUCAACCUUGUCUUCCGCGAGUACCAUCUCCUCGAGCACAUCGACGGGUCUGUUGAUGGCGACAUCAUGGCGGGCGAUCCGGACAGGGCGGCCAUUGAGGCCUCUCUCAUCCGUUGGUUCUACCUCACCGUCUCGCCGGACAUCUUCCACACAGUCGUCUCGGAGAACGACGACGCGUGUGCCGUAUGGACCAAGAUCAACGCCCUCUUCACCGACAAUAAACUCCAACAUCUUGUGUUUUUGCAGCAGGAAUUUUUCGGGUGCCAUCAAGAUGACUCCUUCAUCGAUGACUACUGCAUGCGCCUCAAGCGGCUCGCUGACGAGCUCCGUGACAACGGCGCCAAGGUGUCCGACAACCUCAUGCUAAGCACCCUCACCGCCGGCCUCAAUGAGGAUUUCGGCAACGCGGCCUCGAACCUCACCCUGCUGCCGAAACCGGCUUUUCACUCCGUCGUCGCGUAUUUAUGCUUGGAGGAACGCCGGAUGAAGAAAGUCAAGGCUCGCGUCCACCACACCGCCCUCGCCACUGGGACUUCUCGCGGGGCGCCUCCGUUGGCCCCGCCUCACCCGCGCCCGCACGUGCCACCGGGGUACUUCCCCCUCCCGUCGGCCCCGCCCGCGCCACCCGCCCCAUCGCAUCAGCCACAGCAGCAGGGCGGUGGCCGCCGCAACCAGCGUCGCGGAGGCGGCCGCUCCGGUCCACCACAGCAGCAGUAG